UGGGAGGAACUUGGAUUCCGAUUCUUCCCAACCGAUUUCAUGUACGCGAUGAAAUGCUCGCUUGGUCAACAUUUCUCUCACGGUUCUCUCACGCCCCUCUCAAGCGUCUCCCUCAACCCCGCUGCUUCCGUUUUAAACUACGCUCAGGGAGUGUUCGAAGGAUUAAAGGCGCAGAGAAGUGACGAGGGAAGAAUAUUGCUGUUCAGACCAGAAGAGAACGCGAGGCGGAUGAAGAUGGGAGCAGAAAGAAUGUGCAUGCCUUGCCCUUCGGUUGAGCAAUUUGUUAAUGCCGUGAAGCACACUGUGAUUGCCAAUCGUCGUUGGGUUCCUCCGCCAGGAAAAGGGUCUCUGUAUAUAAGGCCAUUGCUCAUAGCUAGUGGCGUUGCUUUAGGACUCCGGCCACCUCCUGAGUUUACUUUCCUUACUUACGCUUCUCCUGUCAAUUCUUACCACAAGAGUCCACUUGACCUUAAAGUGGAGAACAAGCUGUUCCGAGCAAUAACUGGGCAUGGUGGAACUGGAGGGAUCAAGAGCAUCGCCAACUAUGCCCCUGUCUUCAGAGCAAUCAAUGAAGCUAAAAUACAGGGGUUCUCUGAUGUCUUGUUCUUGGACGCUGCAACUGCAAAUUAUAUAGAGGAAGUUUCUUCAAGUAAUGUGUUUGUUGUCAAGGGUAACGUUAUCAGCACCCCAGUAGCAGAUGGAAGCAUUCUGCCGGGGAUCACACGGAAAAGCAUAAUUGAACUUGCCACCGAUUUGGGUUAUCAGGUCAUGGAACGUGAUGUUGAAGUGGAGGAAACGCUGCAAGCUGAUGAAGUUUUCUGCACUGGAACUGCCAUGGGUGUCAAGUCUGUUGCAUCUGUGACCUAUAAUAACAGAAGAGUUGAAUACAAAACAGGAGCUGACAGUGUGUGUCAAAAACUGUAUGACACCCUGGUUGGUAUUCAAACAGGACUUGUUGAGACCACAAAGAACUGGAUUGUUCAAGUAGACUGAGCAAUGAGCGUUACCUUCAUUAUAUGGAUUUGAUUUUGGAGAUUUGCUUAUUGACCUUUGAUGAUUUGUACAUUAUAGGGAAUGAGGGAUAAAGAAAAAUAAUAGAGGAAAAUUAAUAUCCCAAAUAGUUUAUUUACUGUUUUAUUAUUAACUUGUCUCUUUUUUUAA